ACAUUCGUGUCAUCAAGUUUACUCGAAGGACAGUAUUCUAUAAUCGAUACAUUUGUUCAAAACAUCAUUGAGAGCUGGAUAGGAAGGACAGUUACGAUUGACAAUUUCGAACACUUGUGGUUAAUUAAAGGCCUUAGUACAUUCAUUUAUAGGAAUCCUAAAAAUGAUGAAAUAAUCGACGAAGAAAUGAAAUUUCGCCUAUUUGCGAAUCUAAAAAUAAAAAGCCUUAACAAUCUGCUAAGUAUGCCGCAGUUAUUAAAUACCGUCUCUUUAGUACCUGAUUUUACGAAUGGAUUAUUGCCCAUGAAUAUUAUCAAGUACGUGUCGGAAAAAGGAUGUGUGUUUUUGAAUUACUUACAAGAUAUCUUAGGUGGUCCCGAAAAAUUCCAUCCUUUUCUUGUAUUUUGUAUUGAAAACCGUAGAAUCCUAACGAGUGAUCGUUUUAAGACUUCCCUGUAUGAAUAUUUUAGCCAUAAACACAAGAUAUUAAAUAUUGCAGUAAAUUGGGAUAAAUGGUUUAAUGAACCACGUUUCCCAGCUUCUCACCCUUAUAUUAUGGACAGAAGGAAAACUUUUUGGCAAGGUCAAGCAGACCUGUGGAUCGCACAAAGAAUACCGAGUUUUGAUACGAUUGGACUGGACCAGUCUAAUGAUCUCGCUAUAAUAGAAUUUUUAACCUAUUUACUUACAUUGUCUACGGUUCUGGCGGCAUACCAGUUACGAAAGAUAGAACAUGAAUUUCUGCGUGACCAGAAUAUUUGUGAAAUAAG